AUGGCGGCUUCAUCUCAGAACGGUCUUCAAGAUCCAUUUCCACCUCGAUCAUCUACACAGCUUGUGCCGCUCCCCGAACAGCUGCCUAUGAUACUAGUGGACCAAGAUCAAAAAACCAUUAAUUACAAGCAGUUCAGCUUCCUCUCAGUCGAAUUGGAUCCUAGUUUACCGUGGGGACGAGUCUCGAUGGAUCAGAGCUUCUUCGACCGUCUCAUUCUGGAGAAGUAUCCCUUCAAUCACCGCAAACUUCAUCCAGACGGUAGUGUGUCACUGGAAUUUGCGGGUCCAUUGGAACUUCCCAGACCUCCCGCUUCGAUGAAUUUUUCAAAACCUUAUCUCACACCAAUUUCUUCGAGACCAGGUUCACCCUCGCACGAAAGUCCGAAACUUGUCCCUAGCGGUUGUGGUCCUCUUACCCCUCCCGGAUCAUCUUCGUCAGGUUCCUCCAAUCCGGCUUCUCCACAAAAAGUUCAAGAUUUGUCUUCUCAAGGCCUAAAUUCCGUCAGGGUGUUGCCCCCAUCUUCCCCGGCCCCCCUGGUACACAAUCUUGCCACCCGCAUUGCUGUGCAUAAUCCAGAUUUCCGUCACGCUAUCACAUCGCAUACCUUGCAUAUCAAGUGCACCAAAUACAUACACCAAGGACAUCUCUGGGACGUAUAUGGAGGCGAAAUGCAUCUCGCUGAUGGGUCAGGACUAACAGUUCCAAUCGUUCUCAAAGCCAUGUGUCCAGAUACCUUUCUCGACGAUUCCGCAUCAGAUAACUCUGGGUAUUUUUCCGAUGAAGAUUUCACUCACAACGUUGCAAAAGCAGCUGUGUUACAUGAAGAUUUUCUUUUUCGAGAACGUCUCAACAAGAUGGAAUCAGGAAUUGUACCAGAAUACUACGGCUUAUUUGUCUGGGAAGAGGAUGGAGAACCCUGGUUAUAUGUCAUGAUAAUGGAGGAUGUCGGGGAAAAGGUCGACCCUAUCGAAUGCCUGUAUCGCUUGCCUUUCGCAGAACGGUGA